CCCAUUGCAUCCAACAAGACCCAAUCUUCUUUGGAAAAACACUUGGUUAAAACUGGAACUUCUACGGGUCCUGCAAAAAUAAAAACAUACAGUGCGUGAGGUCGAUGAGCGCUGAACCGAAAUUCAAAAGUGUAAGAUGCUGGUAUUAAUUAUUGUGGGUUUGCUUUGUGCUCCAUUUGUGUGGUGGUAUUACGUUUUAUAUAAAUACAGAUCUGUAAAUAAGAUUCCUGGUCCCAAACCUUUACCAGUUAUCGGAAGUGCCAUAGCUGUUGGAGAUACCCCUCAACAAUUUUUAUGUAACCUUUUGAAGUUUCGACAGCAAUAUGGUACCGUCUUUAAAUUAUACAUAGCAAACGAUUUGAGAAUUCUCGUCAGUAACCCUGAGUUGAUGGAAUCCGUGUUGAGCUCAAAUGUACAUAUAACAAAAUCAAACGCCUACGAUCUGCUAAAAGACUGGUUAGGUACAGGGCUUCUUAUCAGUACAGGACGGAAAUGGAAGUCCCGUCGAAAAAUGAUAACACCUACUUUUCAUUUCAAAAUAUUGGAUCAGUUUUUGGAAAUUUUUAAUGCAUGUGGCAACACACUAGUUGAAAAAUUAUCGAAAGAAGUAGGAAAAACCUCCGUCGAUGUAUAUCCGUACAUAAAUCUGUAUUCUUUAGACGUAAUAUGUGAAACGUCGAUGGGUGUGAAAGUUUCAGUACAGCAAGGAGAAAACACGGAAUACGUAGAAGCCGUUCGAGGUUUUUUGGAUAUUUUCAUCACUCGAAAUUUCUCUACGUGGAAAAGAUUCGACUUAUUUUUCAGAAUGACAGAAAUGUAUCAAACUUUCAAAAAGUAUUUAAAAAUCAUGCACGGAUUUUCAAACGAUGUUAUUAGAAGACGACGCGAAGAAAAAUCAAAAGAAAAGUCACGACCGCUCUAUUCUGAUGACGGUACAAAGCGUAAAAUCGCUCUAUUAGAUAUGUUAUUAGAGUCUGAAGAUAACGUUACUCUGUCAAAUGAAGACAUCAGAGAAGAAAUUGAUACAUUUAUGUUUGAAGGACACGACACAACUACCUCUGGAAUUGCCUUUGCAAUGUUGGCAUUAGCGGACAAUCCAGAAGUUCAAGAAAAGGUGUACGAAGAAGUUAUUUCCAUAGUGGGAGAUGAGCAAAACGUUACAAUGCAACAUAUGCAAGAAACAAAGUACUUGGAGAUGACGUUGAAAGAAGUUCAGAGGCUUUAUCCGUCGGUACCUAUAUUUGAGCGUCGUUUAGAAGAAGACUGGCAGAUAGGCGAUUAUCUUUUACCAAAAGAUAUUUUUAUCAGUUUGUUCAUUUACGCCAUGCAUCAUGAUGAAAAAUAUUUUCCGGAUCCAGAAAAGUUUGACCCGAACAGAUUUUUACCAGAAAAUCAAUCGGAAAGGCAUAACUAUGCUUAUGUACCAUUCAGUGCAGGAGCUAGGAAUUGUAUUGGUCAAAAAUUUGCCAUGCUCGAAAUGAAAGCCACCAUUGUGAAAGUUGUCAAGAAAUAUCGUAUUCUACCAGUUCCUAAUUACAAACCACAACUAGGAUUAGCCGCUAUUUUGAAAUCUUACAAUGGAGUUUGUGUUCGACUGCAACCGAGAGAACAAAAAACGAUGUACGUGUUAACUUUCUUGGUAACUACAAUCGUGAUUUUAUGUACACCUUUGGUUUGGUGGUACUUCACGUUGGCGAAAUUUACUAGUUUGAAAAAAAUACCUGGACCUCCACCAUUACCAUUCAUUGGAAACAGCAAAGAUGUUGGAAAAACUACGGUUGAUCUCCUGCAGUCGUUUAUGAAUUUAAACAAAAAAUAUGGUUCAGUGAUGAAAAUUUGGCUAGGUCCGAGAUUACACUUGAUGAUUACUAAACCGGAAGUAGUUGAAUUUUUCCUGAAUUCCAACAUCCAUUUGAGUAAAUCUAACGGAUACGACCUUUUUAAACCAUGGCUUGGAGAUGGUUUAUUAGUAAGCACAGGUUCGAAAUGGAAACUUCGAAGAAAAAUGAUAACUCCAACGUUCCAUUUUAAAAUACUAGAGAAUUUUUUAGAAACAUCGUUUAACAAACAAAUCAAUAUACUUUUAGAUGAGUUGCUAAAAGAAGUUGCCAAAACGGACGGAUCUGUCGAAAUCCAUUCCAUAAUUAAUUUAUGUUCUUUGGAUAUCAUUUGCGAAACCGCCUUCGGAACUGAGUUAAACGCUCAGGCUAAAUGUAAUCCAAAAUAUGUAGAAGCUGUGACAGGAUUUCUGGAAAUCUUCACUUUACGAUUUUUUUCGGCAUGGUUGAGAUAUCCCUUAAUAUUUAGGUUCUCCGAUAAGUAUCACAAAUAUGUCGAAUACUUAGAAAUAUUGCACGACUUCACUACAAAUAUUAUUAAAAAACGAAAAGAAGAAUUCAAACUAUUACAGAGUAAUCCAAAAGUUAGCGAAGAGGGAAUAAAGCGAAGAGCGGCACUUCUAGACAUGUUAUUAGAAGUUUCAGACAACGGGAAAAAUUUGACUGAUGAAGACAUACGAGCAGAAGUCGAUACGUUCAUGUUUGAGGGACACGAUACAUCAACCACUGCUAUAUGCUUUGUUUUGUAUGCAAUCGGACAAAAUCCCGAAAUCCAGAAAAAGGUUUACGACGAAUUGAUAUCAGUCUUAGGUACAGAUUACAAGGACGAAAUUAAAUUUAAUCAAAUUCAAGAACUGAAAUACCUGGACAUCGUUAUUAAAGAAGCAAUUAGAAUUUACCCUCCCGUACCUCUCAUUGAGCGAAGUCUCGAAGAGGAUUGCACAGUCGACGGAAUCAAAAUUCCGAAAGAUACCAACAUUUCAAUAUUUUUAUACGGGAUGAAUUAUUCAGAGGAAGUUUAUCCGCAACCACAUAUCUUUGACCCUGAACGAUUCCUGCCUGAAAAUCAAGGAAUAAGACAUAAUUUCGCGUAUGUGCCUUUUAGUGCCGGCCCCAGAAACUGUAUCGGUCAAAAGUUCGCCCUGCUGGAGUUAAAAACCACCGUUGCGAAGAUCCUGAGAUGUUUUGAAAUUUCACCUGACCCUAGCAAGCCCCCAGAAGUUGGAAUGUGUUCAGUUCUAAAGUCAAGGAAUGGGAUACACAUGUACCUCAAAGCCAGAAAUAAUUAA